AUGAACUUUGCAGCAAGCCUUUCCAGCACCUCUCCUUUGCUGCAGGUCAAGAUCCGUCUGAGGACAUGGCUGGUUGAGAAGGACUUGCUGAAGAGCACGGUCUCUGACAUCUGCCAUGCUCCACCGCUGACUUUGCCAGCAGCCAGCCAGGGCGAAUCCCCUCAAAAGAAGGCCAGGGUCCACUCUUACAAGGAGAUGUUUAACGGUGGCAACUGUGUUCGGAGCCUUCAGAGGUCCAAGGUCUACGAGGCCGGUGGCUCCAUUUUGUGGAUGUCUCCUUUUCCGGCUCCACCGGAAGGCAAAUCCCAGGAGUAUGGGUCUGUGAUCAAGCCCUCGGACUUCACGUAUUCGCAGAUGGUCGAGGCGCAAAGUCUGUUUCAGGCCAGUGAUGUCUACCACGAUGGGCGCAUCUUGUACCCGAAUGUGAUUCAGUGCAUGGUCUCGGUCAUUGACCCAUUGCUGGGCAAGGUCAAGGACUUUCCACAGAGUUUGUCUCUCAUCAGCGGCCACUUGCCACUCUAUGCCUGGUGGCUUUCGGUCUACGAGGCCCUCCAGGAAAGCGCUGAUGAUCGAUUGCUUCGUCUCUGGCAGGCCGGUCUCACAGCCACCAUUCAGAUACAUCUGGUGGACUCGGACGGCCAGCUUGCUCGUCUAUGCAUUGCUUCCUCUGAAGCGCUGAGAAAUUUGCAGGCCAGCAACGACAGCUUGAUGGCUUUCUGCGAGAGGCUGGUGGUCUUGACAAAGUCUUACAAAGUGCAGAAACAGCAGGAUGUCUUGGACCGUCUCAAGAAGGACGGGGUCUUGUUCCAGGGCAGGGCAAUCAACAAGAAUGUCUUGGUGGCAGCCGAAUCCAUUCAGCGGCACAUGUCGCCAGAGGCACGGCAAACCCUGGUCUACCUGUCUUCCAAGUAUGGGACGUCGGUCUUGACCGAGCAGGUUGGCAAACUCUACAAGAUCAUUUUGAUGAUCAGCCGACUCACGUCGAGCCGACUUCCCGGGGAGAACACCGCCAAUAUCUUGAGUCUGGUCUUGUCGCAGAUCGCGAAUGCCUUGGACUUGGAGAUCCUGAAGACCUCCCAGCUAACGGGCGAAGGUCUCACUGGCAAGGAGGGCAAGGACGCACAAAACAUCACCAAUGCGGAUGAUGUGCCGAUCGUCUCGCUUUGUCUGACCCAGAUUAGCGUUGCUUUCAAUGCGAACCAGAGUCUGGGGCUUCUGGACGAUUGCCCCAAAUCGGUCAAGGAGGCUUUGAGCAGACUGCUGGACCCGCAGAAGUUCCGCUUGGAGCUGGACUUGUCUUUCGCAAGCGUGCAGAGCUCAGGGCUGGACCCACCGGCCACUACCUAUGACGAGGCCUCCCACAUGACUUUGGACCGGGUCAAGGAAUCGCUGAAAGACGUCACAUACACCGGACAGAAGGCCAACUUCGACCCCUUGGUGGACUGGGCCUUUUCGCUGGCAGACGGCCAGCUGAUGAGCAGCCUCAGAAAGUUGUCUCUUGAGAGCGACAUCAGCAAGGCAUUGGUCUCUGGGGACUUGGAGGUGGCCAAGGAACUGCGUGAGGCCAUGAAGGUCUUUGAACAGGUCGCAAGCGACACCCCAGCGCCAGCCAUGAGCUGGCAGCAGCUGAUGGAGAUCGGGCACGACACAGAGCAGGAUGCCGAUCUCAGGAAGAUGUUCAAGAAGCAAGAGCGCGAGGAGGUCUGGAGCAGGGCCAGCACAGUCCGGAAGAGUCUGGUCUCUUACUCGUCUUUGACGAACUGGAAACGGUCUUCCCUGGAUGCAGCCUACAAAGCGUCGCCUUGUGUCUCCUUCACUGGGGAGAUGAACAAAAAGUUUAUGCUCUUCCAUCUUGCUGCGGACCUCUGCUUCGAGGGCGAAAAGGGCUGGUCUGGACCGGCGUAG